AUGGCGCUAGAAUGGGUGUUCGAUUCUCUGGUGGAGUUCCUUCGGGGGCCCAUUUGGAAUAUCCCCGUGCUCACUUUCAUAGAACAGAAAUCCGUCGUAUUCGAGCCUGGCGCAGAAAAGGAACAAGAGCUCCGAAAGAUCCACGAGGCGUACAAGAACUUGGUGGAUUUCAUGCUGGGCAGCUACAUGGAAGAUCUGAACAUCACGCCGGAGGAGUUCGAACGGUCCUGUUCCGUGGCCUCCAAGAAGGCGCUCAACAAAUUCCAACAGAGCCUCUUCCAACAGGUGUGGGCUGCAGACGAUUUCGAGAUCUUCCGUCGAAUGAUGACGCAGAAGAAUCUGGAGCUGCAACUGCAGGCGCUCGAAUUUCUCACCCAGAAGAGGGGCUCUGUGCCCCACUGCAUGGAGGGCACCCGGCAGGCGGAGGACCCCAGCGACGCAAUCCUGCAGGUGAGGAUGAGCGUGGAGGCGCAGAGGGAGAAGGAACUUCUCGAACAGGCGAUGCAGAAAACGCUGUUGCAGCCGGAAACAAGCGUCCAGACCGAAAAGGAGAAGACGGGAGACAGUCCACCUGCAGAAGACAAGCAAGAGGAGGCGCGCACCCUCCCUGCAGACGACAUUCGAGAGCCUUCCCCCUGCGCAGACACCGAGUCGUUGACCGUGCAGCCACCGCCAGAUGUCUGCUCACUGCCGAUUCCGAACGUUCCGGAAAAGGAAACGCCGGACGAUGAGACGCAGACGAACACUCCUUCUCAAGUUCCGGAAGUGAUCCCUGAGCAGCCGACCGACGAGUACCUCCCGAAGCAGUUGACCGUGCAGCCACCGCUCGAUGUCUGCUCACUGCCGAUUCCGGACGUUCCGGAAAAGGAGACGCCGGAAGAUGAGACGCAGACGAACACUCCUUCUCAAGUUCCGGAAGUGAUCCCUGAGCAGACGGCCGACGAAUACGUCACGAAACAGGAGGUGAGUCCGGCGGAGCUACAGAAGCGGCAGGAAUACUUGAGGCAGCAGCGGGACCGGCUCCUGGCGCUCAAGAAGCAGGAGCGGGCGCGGCGCCUGUCGGAAGACGGCGCAGAGGAGGCGUCGGCGCAGCAGAGGCGGCCCCGCUCUGCGCGCGCAGCCAGGAAGGUGCUGGAGGCGGAGGCGCCGCCGGAGGCGGAGGCCACGUUCCGGAGGAGCCUCGCCGCCAAGCUGAGGAGCGAAGUCAUCGGUGAGAGCCAAACUAUAAAGCUGUUUUUAAAAUGA